AUGCAACGACAUGGUAACAAAAGUUUGAACUUGUAUGAAAUGGUUACUCUGCUUAAUUUGUGACUGUUUGUUGUAAAUACAAACUUUUAUUAGUGAUUCGGGCCAAAUUACACACAUUUUAUCCAUGUUUCCCUUGGCCGUUUGUGGCAUUUGAACUCCUAAAAGGGUGGUUUUUAGGUUUUGUGUGUUUAAGUGUAUAACAGGUGAAAAGCAGCCCCGGAGUGGAAAGUUGGAAGAAAAGGAGCAAAGACCGGGCAAAGAGGGUGAUUCAGGCCAGGUUCACGGUUUCCCAUUGGAGUUCACGGUCUCCUAUGGCCAUGAACUGAAGCCAUAACCGUGAACCGCGAAGCGUCCAAGGCGAAUUCUGAAUUUACUGACGCAAGGCGAGUUCACGGUCAACAAGACCGUGAAGUUUGAGUGCAAACCGUGAACUCAUGUGAGUGAAGCGGUGUGUUUCGACAUAGCGCUCCGAGUUCACGGAUGCGUUGAAGAGUUCACGGCCGUGAACUGAGCCCGUAAAAUGAGCCCGAUCACAGUAUAAUACGUGAGCUGAAAGAAAGAGAGAGGGAGAGCCCAAGAGUGAGAAAGCACCUUCUUCUUUAGAUUUUAGAGAGAGAAAGGACCAACCAAAGAAGAAAAGAGGCUAGGGUUUGCUCCAAGUGGUGAAUUGGGAAGAAUCUCCUCAAGAAAAGAUCAACACAGGAUCAAAGGAGAGUGGAGGCAACUCCAUGAUGGUUUCUACUUCUUUCUUUUGUGUUCUUCCCCUUUCUAGCAUGGAGUAGUACUCUUUUUCACUUGGGUGUUGUGAAACCCUGACUAUUUGCCACGUAGUUGUUGUGUGAAUUGAAUGAUUGUUUAUGGGUGUUGUUUAAUUUAAUGAUUGAGGUAUUUUUCAUGAUGAUUGUGCAUGUUUGUGCUUAGCAAUCUAAUUGGACAUUCUAACCUAUGUUAGAGGGGAAACCCCCCUUUCCAAAAGAGGCUUAAUUGAGUUGGGAUUCCUUGGGCUUUUCAAGCCACCUACUAGGUUAUAGGGAAAACCUCUAUCUUGAAUUAAUUGACUAGGUUAAUCGUGAUUAAGCCGUCCAACCAUCAGUUUGAAGGAGAAGGUAAGUCAACCCUCAAUUGCCUUAACCAAGAGGGCUACUCUAGUAGCCUAUAAUGUGUCCCUUGGUUUGGCAAUUGAGAGUGUGGUCUUCGACCAUAGUUGCACCUCCUAGAGGUUCAUGAUUGUCUUGCCCAUAACGUCCCAUUCGAGUUCACGUGCUAUGGUAGUAGUUAGGGGGAAGCGACACCCGAGUGAUCCUUCUCAUCUAGAGUUUUGAAACCAUUUAACUUUGCUUUGUUUUGAUUUAAACCUCAUAGUUUUCAACCAAAAACCAAUCCGCUAGAUAAUGUUUCAAACAAUGGAAGUAAGGGUACAUGGAGCGGCCCGAGUUGAUAUUUAAACAUGCUUGCCCUAUAUUGGACCCAUCUAAGGUUUAUACUUGGGCCUUAGGUGGGGUUUUGUUGUGAUAUUCGGGACGAGUCAAGUUUUUGGCGCCAUUGUCGGGGAUCGUCGGUCCGUUAUCUUUAUAAUUUGUUCGGUGUUAAUCUAGCUUUUAUUUUUCAGCUUUGAUUGUGUGAGUGUGUUGCUUGUGCUAGACGUGGUGUUGUUCUCUAAGUGUGUGCAGGGAGGUGCAUGACCCGGAGCAAUCCGACGCCUUUAGUACCGCUUGACGAGAACAUCAACAAGACUCUUCGACUCCUAGCUUGGGAGAGGGAGUUAGCGGAAUCAAUGAGGAGAAGUGAAGAAAGGGGACAACAAUUGUGUCCCGGAGUUAGUGGAGUAGAAGUUGAAGGAGUUGAAGGAGAAGUUGAUAUUGGAGUUGAGAUGGUAGAGAACCAAAGAGAAGGAGGAGCCGCCCAAGCUCACAACCACAAUGAUGAGGCGGCAGAGGAGGAAGCCCCAAGGACAAUGCGUUAUUACAUGGCCCCACGGCCGGCAGACAUUCAAUCGCUAUCUUGCACCCACCUGUGGCGGCCACUACUAUUAAAUUAUUAUAAAUUUUAGUCAAACUUUCUUAAUGACUAGUUGGAGAAAUGCUUUUGCGGGUUAACCCACGACCCAACCACACUCAUCCGCCAUCCGCCCAACCCGACACGCAAAAAAAAGUGGGUGGAUUGCGGGUCACAAUUAUUCCAACUCGCUAGUAAGUGGGUGGGUCAAUUUGAAAUGAAAACCCACCCAACCCCCUCCCCCCCCAAUUGCCCACCCCUACUUCUAGCGGACAAGGUAUUAAAUCGUACCAGCCAGCCACUCGUUUCAAAAAAGUCUGGGUGAGAAAGGCUAGGCCGAUAUGGAUGAAGCCCAACUUUGGCAGCGUUGACUCUUAGGCAGCUUCGAUGAGCUCGGAUGGAUGGGCUGUUUCGAAUGGGGAUUUUUCUCUCAGUUUAUCAAAGAAAUACGAGAAUCUCUGUGAUCCAGUGUCCCUGAUUAAAUGGCUUCUUUACCUCUCUCUUGGGCCCGAGCUUCCUAUCUGUGGGUGGGUUUCUAUCGUUCGAGCCAAUUCAGUUUCUACCAGCAUCAACACUCCCUCUAAGCUUUGGCCACAAUUCUCGUGCGUCUUUCAUUUCCCUCAAGGCUCAGAACCCGAUUACCCUCUUCUGCUUUCUUCGUCUAAUUACACAGACGACUCGAACCCUCCUCCCUCAUUUCGCGAUUUUGAAUUCAUAUCCGAUUCUGAGAUUUCUUCCCCUUCUUUCUCCUCUGACCUUUCUCUUGCCUACCCCUCCCUUUCUUCUUCCCCUCUAUCAUCCCCUGGUACUUUCAGAGUCGAGGGUGCAAACAUGCUCUCGUCUCCCGAUAUUUUGCCCGAGCUACCGUCACCUUCUUGCCUACGGGGUGAUGAACAUUGAAGUUGGGAUUUGGACCUUUUCCCAUUCGAUUCGGAGACUUUAGUGGAAACUAGUCAUAUCGUAAGUCGAUUAUUUGAUGUGGAGCAUGAGGAGGGGCCGGAAAGAGUGGAAGCCACUAUUUAUAAUGCUACAAUGAACUUGCAUCAGAGGAAAGGUAAAGCUUCGAGAUCGAAAUUGAACAUGGAAAGGGGUCUGCUUUCGUCCCCUCCGUCUAGUCCAAGGAGGCACAGAUAGGCAAUUGGUGGUGGGGUGUCUCUAACUACUCUUGUUUUAAUGUAUUCCUCUGUGUUUAUUUGGAAUGUUAGUGUUCUCUGUGAUUCUGAUAAGAGAGGUCGUAUUAAACAACUCAUCGGGAGGAGAAAACCUCAGAUUUUGGGUAUUGUGGAAACGAAAUGGUCCAACUGUACUGAUAACUUGGUGUCCAGUAUUAGCGAAAGAAGGGAUAUGGGGUGGGUGGCUAAGAACCUGGAUGGAAGUUCGGGAGGUAUUGUGGUUAUCUGGGACAAAGCUAUUUUUCAAAAAUUGUCAAGCACGGAAGGGCUAAGAAAUUGAUUUUCCUCCAUGAGUUACAUGUUUUCUGUCAGCAGUAUAGCUCUCCGUUGUGCAUUGAAGGCGAUUAUAACUUGGUAAGAUGUCACGAUGAUUAUCAAGGGGGAAGACGUAGCAAUGAAUUAAUGGCUGAUUUUAAUGAUUUCAUCGAGAUGAAUGAUCUUCAGGAACUUCCCCUUGGUGGAAGUUGGUUUACGUGGAGCCGUGGUUUGAAUGGACCUCCCUUAUCUCGUAUUGAUCGGGUGCUCAUUUCUCCCGGUUUUGACGCUCUUUUUCCCUAAUGUAAAUUGCUGGCUCUCGAAAGGGUGGAAUCCGAUCAUAGACCACUGCUUAUUCAAUGGGGUGAUUGUAGAAAAUGGAAGCGUCCUUGGAAAUUCGAGAAGACGUGCUUUUACAGUGAGCUAAGUGAUUGGUUUGGUUCUCAGGUGCAAGGAAGCGGGGCAGUUUAUAUUUUGGCCAAGAGACUGGUGAAUUUGAAACAAAAAAUUAAGGUCUAG